AUUAAUCUCUAGUUUGCACAGUUGGCAGCACUACCAGCUGAGUUGUAGGACUUUUGUUUAGAUUUUCAAUUAACUUAGUUUAAUAUUAAUUUAUUAAUCAACUAAUUGAAUAAAUCCAACUAAAAUGGAUCCUGCACUGCUUCGCGAACGCGAGGCGUUCAAAAAACGGGCAAUGGCCACGCCCACCGUUGAGAAGAAGGCCAAAGUAGAUCGCCCACUCCAGCCCCCUUCCAGCGAUGAUUCCAAGCGGAGAAUGCGUCCGCCCACAGCGCCCAAGCUGGAUGCCAAUACGUACAAGACUAUGUCCGGUAGCUCGCAGUACCGCUUUGGAGUACUGGCAAAGAUCGUGAAGUUCAUGCGGACACGCCAUCAGGAUGGAGACGAUCACCCUCUCACCAUAGAAGAGAUUCUGGACGAGACAAAUCAACUGGAUAUCGGGCAAUCAGUGAAGAACUGGCUUUCAGGGGAAGCGUUGAACAACAACCCCAAAAUAGACGUUAGUCCUUGUGGCUCAAAGUUUAGCUUUAAGCCCGUGUACAAAAUAAAGGACGGCAAAAGUCUAAUGCGUCUGCUGAAGCAGCAUGAUUUGAAGGGCUUGGGUGGAGUUCUUCUGGAGGAUGUGCAAGAAUCCCUGCCACAUUGCGAGAAAGUUUUAAAGAACAGAGCUGCAGAGAUCCUCUUCAUCAUCAGGCCUAUAGAUAAAAAGAAGAUACUUUUCUAUAACGAUAGAACCGCAAACUUUUCGGUGGAUGAAGAUUUUCAGAAACUGUGGCGAUCGGCCACCGUCGACGCCAUGGAUGAUGCUAAAAUCGAUGAGUACCUUGAGAAGCAGGGAAUCCGUUCUAUGCAGGAUCAUGGGCUCAAGAAACCAGUGCCUAAGCGAAAGAAGGCCGCCAACAAGAAGCGGCAAUUCAAGAAACCCAGAGACAACGAACAUUUGGCUGAUGUUCUGGAAACGUAUGAGGACAACACGUUAACUCAGAAAGGAGUGAAUCCCACGUAGAAAUAGUGUUAUCUAGAUUAGGAAAUAAAGAAUUAACUCUCAAUGGAACAAGUACAUUUAAAUUAAAACGUUAUAAAUUUAAU